AUGGCUUCAAAGGUCUCAUGCUUAUACAUUCUGACAGUAGUUUGUUGGGCAAGUGCUCUUUGGUACUUAAGUAUAACUCGUCCUACUUCUUCCUACACUGGUCACAGACAGAUCAGUAGCAUAUCUAUAGCCAGAAAAAACGUUUCCUUUGGCAACAUAAGAACUCGACCUAUAAAUCCACAUUCUUUUGACUUUCUUAUCAACGAACCCAACAAAUGUGAGAAGAGUGUCCCUUUCUUGGUCAUUCUUAUCAGUACAACUCACAAAGAGUUUGAUGCAAGGCAAGCCAUUCGAGAAACAUGGGGAGAUGAAAACAACUUUAAAGGAAUUAAAAUCGCCACACUAUUUCUCCUGGGAAAAAAUGCAGAUCCUGUGUUAAAUCAGAUGGUAGAGCAAGAAAGCCAGAUUUUCCAUGACAUUAUUGUGGAGGAUUUUAUCGACUCUUAUCAUAACCUCACUCUGAAAACACUGAUGGGGAUGAGGUGGGUAGCAACGUUUUGUUCAAAAGCAAAGUACGUUAUGAAGACAGAUAGCGAUAUUUUUGUAAAUAUGGAUAACCUUAUUUAUAAGCUGCUCAAACCUAACACCAAGCCAAGGAGAAGGUACUUCACUGGUUAUGUUAUAAAUGGAGGACCAAUAAGAGAUGUUCGCAGUAAGUGGUACAUGCCAAGAGAUUUGUAUCCUGACAGCAAUUACCCACCCUUCUGUUCAGGCACCGGCUACAUUUUUUCAGCUGAUGUAGCAGAACUGAUUUACAAAACCUCCCUUCAUACCAGACUUCUUCAUCUUGAAGACGUAUAUGUUGGACUCUGUCUUCGGAAGUUGGGCAUUCACCCCUUCCAAAACAGUGGCUUUAAUCACUGGAAAAUGGCCUACAGCUUGUGCAGGUACCGCAGAGUUAUCACUGUGCACCAGAUAACACCAGAAGAAAUGCACAGAAUUUGGAAUGACAUGUCCAGCAAGAAACAUCUCAGAUGUUAA